GUUGCUACAAAUCACAAACCGAGCAUAAUGGCAUCUCAAGCGUCGCUUUCCAGCCUCUCAGUCGACCUUCUGUUUAAGAUUUUCAAGCUCCUAGAGCGACCUAGCAAGUUGUGCCUUGCCUUAAGCUCCCUUGGAUUUUGCAUCUCUUCGCAAAGUACUACGACCUCGAUCGCUACCGCUCUGAAACUUUCUCUGCCCAAUGAAGAGACCGAGGACGGGAAAGCGGAAGCUAUUGUGCAGGGUAUCCUGGACGAAUGGUUGAGGAGGAAAUGUGGGGUGGAGGGUGGGGUCGUGUUUUGUGCUAGUGCUACAAAUUCUUGCGUUUACGUCCAGAGAAUGGAAGAAGGCCUUGGUGCACCAAGAUGCUGACAAGAGGACUGUGAGUUGAUGAUCUGCCUACGUGUGAGUCAUAUCGACAAGUUUCGGUAGAUGGUUCCGACAUCGUGGACUCUGUGAAGAUCGCUGUGGUAUUGACAAGGACGCUAACGUAAUCUGACAUCCUAGUCAGGAUUGCUGACGUAGGUCCUACCUUGAGAAAAAAUAUGCAAGGAAUGAAG